CGCAUGUUUAUCCAGCAAGUCAUGCACGCGCCCCCUGUCUGUGGAAGGUGAGCGAGCGCGAGAGUCUAGAGGAGAGGACACGAGCCUGGAUCGAUCGGAUUAAACUCGAAUUGAGUGAAAUUAACACAAAGGAGAGAAGCAGAGUCGGCGAGGACGGGACGCUGAGACGCCGACUUCACCGAAAUCAUUUGAAUUUCGACAGUUAUUCGUGUAUUUAAACGGAUUUUCGGGAUAUAAGAAGAGGAGUUAAUUGGUGAAAACCCUAAACUGACCCGCGUUGAGUAGGGUCCUGUAACCUGACUUUGCCUGACGCUGCGUUCUCUGAGAGAAUUAAGGAAAUAUGGAGUGACAUGCUGCAGAUUAGUUAGCGGAUUAGCGGCUUUGAGGACAUCCACCUCUGUGUGAGCACACAUUCCCCGUCCUGCUUCUGAAGCUCGGCUGCACAGCAGGAGCACUGCAGCCAUGGCUGACCCAGGCAUGAUGAGCCUCUUCGGAGACGAUGGGAAUCUGUUCUCCGAUGAGUUGGAGGGCCUGGGGGACUGUGGCUACCCCCAAGGUCAGGCAAAUCCAAUGAGUCAACAGAUGCCCCAUGAGCACCAAGGCUACGGGCAGCUCCCCUCUACUCUUCACCUCUCCUCAUCUGCUGUACCUGGACAGGCCAAGCUUGGCCACCAUUUUGACCACUUCAAUCAGUAUGAGCAGCCCAAGAUGCAUUCAAUGGACCAGCAGGGGGGCCGGAUGAUUGGGAACGGACCAGUAAAUGGCAUGUCCUCCCCUCAUUCCCGCUAUCACGGUCCUCCGCCAGUUGCGGGAGGGUCUGCAGGGCAUCAUGUCUACCCAGGAGCACAAGGAGAUGGCCGGAGCCAGUCAUUCUCAGAUGGCGGAAAUGCGUGGGGCGCUCAAGCAAUGCAGGUGCCCGAUCAAGCUAGACCCGCUUUCCAGCAGCAACCUCCACAAGCCUCAUCUCAUCAGCAUGGCCCUGCCGGACCACAGGGACAUGGCCACCAAAUGGGCCCUUUUAUCGGCCGCGGUGACUAUGCCAUGCAGGGCCACAACCAGACGCAAACACCCCCCAGAAUGAACCACUUUCCCCAAGGCCUCCCUCAGGAAGCCAAUCAUUUCAUGGGUCAUGUGGGGAUGACUCAGAAUCCCGGCAUGUCGGGACCCCCCAUGCGUCACCCAGCACAGCCUCCUCAGCAGCAUCAGCAACCCAAUCAACAAUUUCUCCACAGGCCUGGCCAGGGUCCGGUUCAUCCGGAGUCUGUUGCCAGCCACAACCCCCAGUUCCCACAAAGCCCUUCAAGACAGCAGCAGCAGCAGCAGGUCAUUGGCGGAAGACCCCACCAAAACAUGGGAUAUAACAUGCACAACCAGCAAGUCCCUUCCAACACUGUAAACAGCUCAGGGCAGUACCCUCCCUAUUCUUCGUACGGCAACCUUAAUCAGGGAUUAGCCAACACUUCAGGGAUGAGUCCCAACUUGAGCCUUACCACCAGCAGCAACAGCAACCCUAAUGCUCCCGUGACCCAGGUGCAGCGCUACACUGCCCCGACGGGGCCCCAGCGCUACCCCACACCUGGGGCUCAACAGGGACCAAUGCACCAGCAGCCCAUUCAUGUGAACCAAAUCAACACCCAGCCUAUGCAUACAGCUCAGAAUCAGGUUGCAGCCCAGCAGAAGCUGCAACAACAGCAUCUACCGCCUCCACCUCAGGGAUCAUACGCCUCCCCUCCUUCCAUGUCUCCCAUGAGGAACCUGGCUACCCCUGCGGGCACGCCUCCUCCCCAGCAGGGCCGGCCGCCCAGUGCAGGUUUGGUAACUGAUGUGGGAGGCUACCCUGGAGUGCCGCAUCAGUCUCAAGGCCCAAUGGCUCACACCCAAAGAGGAGCCUGCCCAAUGAAUGCAGCUCAGCAGCAUCCCCACCAACAGCUGCCGUCGCAUCCCUCACACCCACAUCCUCCACCAACCCAGAUGUACGCUGCUUUGUCACCCAAUCACAGGGCCACAGGUGCUCAAGGAAGACCUCCAGCAGGACCGGGUGCGAACCACACAGAGCCCCAGGACCAGAGGCUGCUCGCCCAACAAGCGCAGCGCCAGCAGCUGCAGACGCCCCCAUUGCCUUUCCAGCAGCAACAGCUGCAGCAGGUGCACACCCCUCCCUCGAUUCCCCCGUCACAGACACACCUGGCUGCACACCACCAGAGCUCCCCUCCGUCUCAGCAGUCAUGGGCAGCUCCUCACCAGUCGCCUCCACCCAUGCAGAAAGUGCCUCACAUGCAGCAUUCCCCAUCAGACCCUUCCCUGGAGAUGAUAACAUCUAGUAAGACACCUGCCUUGGGCCCAAACCUCCAACCAGCCAACUGUGACAUACAGCAGACGGAGAGCGAGCUCAAGCCAAAAAAGAAGAAAAAGAAGAAAGCCAAGACGAGCGACGGCCAGGAGGGUAACAACAUCAGUGGUGAGGCCGGAGGAGAGGCAGCUUCUCUGAUAAACGAGGGAGACUCUCUUAUGACUCCUGUGGAACAGUCUGUCGUUGAAAAGAAGAGCAAAAAGAAACCAAAGGAGAAGGAGCCCAAGGAACCGAAAGAGCCCAAGACUCCCAAAACCCCGAAGACUCCCAAGACACCCAAAGAACCUAAGGAACCCAAGGAGAAAAAAGUGAAGACUGCCACCCCGAAGCCUAAGAGCUCCAAAAAGCCCAGUGCUAAAAAGUCUGACUCAGAGUCCAGUAGUAUCACCAAGAAAGACGCAAAGCGCAAGAGAGAGCCCUCAGUCACCUCUGAUGUGGAGAAAACACCACCACAUUCACCGGAGGAAGAGGAAGAUGAUGGUGUUCAGAAGAGGCGAUCUAGUCGGCAAGUGAAGAGGAAACGCUACACUGAGGACCUGGAGUUCAGAAUUUCUGAUGACGACGACAAUGGAGAUGAUUCUCCUGGACCAAAGUCUCCUUCAACCACAUCUGAGCAGCAGGAGCUGCCGGAUGCAGAGGGCCCUGUGGUGGAGAAGAUCAUGGGGAUGCGCAUGGGAAAGAAAGAGUUGGUGUCUGGUGAAGAGGUUGAAGUUGAGGAGUUUUAUGUCAAAUUCAAAGGCUUCUCUUACCUGCACUGUCGCUGGGCAGAUAUCGAAGAGCUGGAAAAGGAUAAGAGAAUCCAGCAGAAGGUCAAGAGGUUCAGGGCCAAGCAGGCUCUCAGUAACUUCCUAACUGAGAUGGAUGAUGAGCCCUUCAACCCAGAUUAUGUGGAGGUGGACAGGGUUCUGGAUGUGUCUGAAAGCACCGAUGAAAAUGGAGAGCCUGUAACUCUGUACCUGGUGAAGUGGUGCUCCUUGCCCUAUGAGGACAGCACGUGGGAGUUAAAAGCUGACAUCGACCAAGGGAAGAUUGAGGAGUUUGAGAGAGUGAUGGAGCGUGAGCCGGAGCCGAAGCGCGUGGAGCGACCUCCCGCCAGCGACUGGCAGAAAUCCGAGAGUUCCAGAGAAUAUAAAAACGGCAAUGCGCUCAGGGAAUACCAGCUGGAGGGAGUCAACUGGCUGCUCUUCAACUGGUACAACACACGAAACUGCAUUUUAGCCGAUGAAAUGGGCCUUGGCAAAACAAUCCAGUCCAUCACAUUCCUCUAUGAGAUAUACCUGAAGAGAAUCCACGGCCCUUUCCUGGUGAUUGCACCUCUUUCCACCAUUCCCAACUGGGAGAGGGAGUUCAGGACAUGGACCGAGCUAAACGUAGUUGUAUAUCAUGGUAGCCAGGCCAGCCGAAAGACUAUUCAGGCUUACGAGAUGUACUACAGAGACACACAGGGUCGUGUAAUAAAGGGAGCCUACAAAUUCCAUGCAAUCAUCACCACAUUUGAGAUGAUCCUGACUGACUGCCCCGAGCUUCGGAGCGUGCCGUGGCGCUGUGUGAUCAUUGAUGAGGCUCAUAGGCUCAAGAACAGGAAUUGCAAGCUGCUUGAGGGCCUAAAGAUGAUGGACAUGGAACACAAAGUCCUGCUGACUGGAACCCCACUGCAAAACACAGUGGAGGAGCUCUUCAGUCUCCUUAAUUUCCUGGAGCCUGACAGGUUUCCCUCGGAGUCGACCUUCAUGCAGGAGUUUGGAGAUCUUAAAACAGAAGAACAGGUGCAAAAACUGCAGGGCAUUCUGAAGCCUAUGAUGCUGCGCCGACUGAAGGAGGACGUGGAGAAAAAUCUUGCACCAAAAGAGGAGACCAUCAUUGAAGUAGAGCUGACCAAUGUGCAGAAGAAAUACUACCGUGCAAUCUUGGAGAAGAACUUUGCCUUUCUGUCCAAAAGUGGAGGCGGCGGCGGCGGCGGCGGAGGUGGAGGAGGAGGAGGAUCCAAUGUUCCCAACCUGCUGAACACCAUGAUGGAGCUGAGAAAAUGCUGUAAUCACCCCUACCUCAUCAAUGGAGCCGAGGAGAAGAUAAUGGAGGAGUUCAGGGAGAGUCACCCCUUAGACCACCCAGAGUUCCACCUCCAGGCCAUGAUCCAGGCUGCAGGAAAACUGGUGCUGAUAGACAAGCUGCUCCCCAAACUGAAGGCUGGGGGUCACCGUGUGCUCAUCUUUUCCCAGAUGGUGCGCUGUCUGGACAUCCUGGAGGACUACCUCAUCCAGAGACGGUAUCCAUAUGAGCGUAUAGAUGGCAGAGUUCGAGGAAAUCUCCGCCAGGCAGCUAUUGACCGCUUUUCACGACCGGACUCUGACCGUUUUGUGUUCCUGCUGUGCACCAGGGCUGGAGGCCUGGGUAUUAACUUAACUGCAGCUGAUACUUGCAUUAUUUUUGACUCUGACUGGAAUCCUCAGAAUGACUUGCAGGCACAAGCUCGUUGCCACAGGAUAGGACAGAGCAAGGCUGUGAAGAUUUACCGCCUGGUCACCAGAAACUCCUACGAAAGAGAGAUGUUUGACAAGGCCAGUCUGAAGUUAGGAUUGGACAAGGCUGUGCUUCAGUCCAUGAGCGGGAGGGAAAAUGCUGCCAAUGGGGUUCAGCAGCUCUCUAAAAAGGAGAUUGAGGAUCUUCUAAGGAAAGGAGCAUAUGGUGCUCUAAUGGAUGAGGAGGAUGAGGGAUCUAAGUUCUGUGAAGAAGACAUUGAUCAGAUUUUGCAGAGACGUACACAGACCAUUACCAUUGAAUCAGAGGGCAAAGGCUCAACAUUUGCUAAGGCAAGUUUUGUGGCCUCUGGGAACAGAAGCGACAUUUCUCUGGAGGACCCAGAUUUCUGGCAGAAAUGGGCAAAGAAAGCAGAGCUGGACCUGGAUGUGAUCAACGGCAGGAAUACUCUGGUGAUUGACACUCCUCGGGUCCGGAAGCAGACUCGGCACUACAGUUCUAUGAAGGAGGAUGAUUUGAUGGAGUACUCUGAGCUUGAGAGUGACUCUGAGGACAAGCCCAUUCAGAAACCUCGGAGGCCACAGGACCGAACCCAGGGGUACCCCCGCAGUGAGUGCUUCAGAGUGGAGAAGAACCUGCUGGUGUAUGGCUGGGGCCGCUGGGGUGACAUCCUGUCCCAUGGACGCUUUAAGCGCCCACUGAGGGAGCGAGACGUAGAGACCAUCUGCCGCGCACUCCUGGCCUAUUGCCUGCUUCACUACCGUGGAGACGAGAACAUCAAGAGCUUCAUUUGGGACCUCAUAACCCCUACUGAGGAUGGCCAGAGCCGCACACUGACCAACCACUCUGGAUUGUCUGCUCCAGUGCCCCGGGGGCGUAAAGGGAAGAAGGGGAAGCCGCAGGCUGCUCAAACUCACAUGCCACAGGCUGACUGGCUUGCUGACUGUAAUCCUGACAUCCUCCUUCAAGAGGACAGUUACAAGAGACACCUGAAACACCACUGCAACAAAGUGCUGCUGCGGGUCCGCAUGCUCUACUAUCUGCGACAAGAAGUCAUCGGAGACCAUGCAGACAGAAUCCUGGAGGGAACCGAUUCAAGCGAGUUGGAUAUCUGGAUCCCGCAACCCUUCCACGCCGAUGUCCCCACUGAUUGGUGGGAUCUCGAAGCGGACAAGUCCCUCCUAAUCGGCGUCUUUAAGCAUGGCUACGAGAAGUAUAACUCUAUGCGUGCUGACCCCACCCUGUGUUUCCUGGAGAGGGUGGGCAUGCCCGAUGCCAAGGCCAUCGCUGCUGAGCAGAGGGGAGCGGACAUGAUGGCAGAUGGUGUCGAGGGAGAGGAUGAGGACCCAGAGUACAAGCCACUCCGGAUGCCGUUUAAAGAUGAUCUAGAUGAUUUUACAAACUCUCCCCUGGAUGAUAAAGACGAUGGGAUGGAUGGCGAGACUGGAGAAGUGCCUAAGCCUGGUGAGAAUGGGAAAGUAGGCAAUCUGUACUGGCCACCAGCCUCUGCCCUGACAGCCCGAUUGCGCCGCCUCAUCACGGCCUAUCAGCGCACUCACAAGCGCGAGCAACUAAGGCAGGAAGCCAUGACCAAACCUGACCGGCGCCGAGGCCGCCCGCGUGAUGACAUCCUUGCCAUGGUAACAGAGGGAGGAGCUUAUGCUCCGGAUGGAGCAGUGGCUUUUAUGGCUGAAGGAGGGCCUUUCAUGGCCAAGGGAUCACCUUUCAUCCCUGAUAGCGCCGCCCUGCUGGCUGAUGGAGCAGCUUAUUUUAAAGAGCGACGGCAGAGAUGGACAAGGCGUGAAGAGGCCGAUUUCUACCGUGUGGUGUCCACAUUCGGUGUGGUUUAUGACGUGCACAGACAAUGCUUUGACUGGUCCCAGUUCCGUGCUUUUGCUCGUCUAGACAAGAAGACAGACGAAAGCCUGGAAAAAUAUUACUACUCUUUUGUUGCCAUGUGCAAGCGGGUGUGUCGAAUGCAGGUCAAAUCCGAAACAGAACUGCCAGACCCCACCCUCAUCAUUGACCCCAUUACAGAAGAGCGGGCUUCACGGACGCUCUAUCGUAUCGAGCUGCUGCGGCGGAUCAGGGAGCAGGUGUUGCCGCACCCUCAGCUGGAUGAGAGGUUGAGUCUGUGCCAACCCAGCCCUGACCUCCCAGCCUGGUGGGAGCCCGGACGCCAUGACCGAGACCUCCUGCGGGGCGCCGCAAAGCACGGAGUCAGCCGCACUGACUACCACAUCCUCAAUGACCCCGAGCUAAGCUUCUUGGAGGCCCAUCGGAAGUUCACACAGGGCAAGGGUGUGGAACUGCCCAUCGUGUCUGAUCCACUUACACCUCUGAACCUGCUCAAAGAUGAGGAGGUGAAGGAAGAGCAAGGAGAUGUCUUGGUGCCCAAAGUGGAGAAUGAUGACAUGGAGGUCAAAGAAGAAAAACCUGAAGCCUUCUCUCCUAAAAAAGAAGAGGAAGCAAAUGAUUUGGGUCUGAAGCAUGAGCCUAAAGAGGAAAAGAUGGAAGUGGAGGAGAAAGAUGAUUCGAUGGAGAUUAAGACCAAGGUAGAGCAGGGUUGUACUGUGGAUGGUAUGGCUGAUGAGAAGCCCAUGAAUCAGGAGCCCACUACCCCUGAGAACAAAAAUGCUGAGGAUGAGAAUGAGCCACUGACUGCUGAGACUAAACUUCCUACUGACAAAACCUCCAAAGAUGAGGAAGACAAGAUGGACGAGGACGACAAAUCAGAAAAAUCUUCACAAGCUGAAGUUGGAGGAGCCUCUGAGAGGAAGAAUUUUGAUGAGGAGAGUAACGCCUCCUUGAGCACGGCCCGCGAUGAGACCAGGGACUGCUUCAGUGUUGAUGACGUUGAGCCAUCAGCUUCUCAGAUGUUCAGUGAACGUUCUCUGUUCUCUUUCUGGCCCAAGGACAGGGUAAUGAUCAAUCGUAUGGACAACAUCUGUGAAGCGGUCAUGAAGGGCAAGUGGCCUUCCAACAGGAGGCAGUUCUUUGACUUCCCAGGCCUGUUGCCUGGCUACAGCUCCAUGGCAACGGACAGCCCCCUGCAGAGGCGGAGUCUUGGUGAUCUCUCAUUGGUGGGUCAGACCAGCUAUAGUGGCAGUGAGGACCUCGCCAUGUCACCACAGGUCAACAAGGAUGAUGCUUUGAGUCUGUCCGUACCUCGGCAGCGCAGACGCAGGAGGAGAAAGGUGGAGAUCGAGGCAGAGCGUGCUGCCAAGCGCAGGAACCUGAUGGAAAUGGUCGCUCAGUUACGAGAGUCCCAUGCUGCAGAAGGCCAAGCACAGGCCAUAGACCUGACCAAGGCCCUGCACGGCGUGUCCACCUCCUCUUCCUCCACCGCGUUCCCUGGAGCCAUGGCCUCCUCCGUGGCAAUGAAAGCACAGAUGGAGCUGCUGCAAGCAGGCGCUUCCUCUAGACCCAGAGCCAACGGCUCUCUACUUGACACUGAACUCCCCAACCGGAGAAAGAGAGGUCGCAGGAAAAAUGUGGAGGGGUUGGAACUGCUCUUUAUGGGGAACAAAAGAGGACAACUCAAUGCGGAAAAUUCCGAUGGGACCAAAGCUUUUGUGGAUGGGCGGGCACAUAGACCCAUGUCAUCUCCUGCACAUAAGGCUCCCGUUGAAGGCCUAGAAGAGGGAAGCCAUCUUACAGGGGAAGAUGGGCCCAGCACUAAGGACCUACGGGAGUGGCUGAGACAGCACCCCACCUACACUAUGGAUAUGCCUGGAUACGUACCAAAGAAUGAGGACCACCUCCUCUCUCAGUUUGCCAAGCCCAAACAGAAAAGACACCGAUGCCGCAAUCCCAACAAGAUCGACAUUAAUACGCUGACUGGGGAGGAGAGAGUCCCUGUUGUUAACAUUAGGAAUGGAAGAAAGAUGGGAGGAGCUAUGGCACCUCCAAUGAAGGAUUUACCCCGCUGGCUGGUUGAAAAUCCAGAAUUUGCGAUCGCCCCAGACUGGACGGAUAUAGUGAAGCAAUCGGGCUUUCUCCCAGAGUCCAUGUUUGACCGUCUUCUGACUGGGCCAGUAGUCAGAGAGGAGGGUGUGCGCCGCAGAGGCAGGCGACCCAAAUCUGAGAUCGCCAAGGCGACAGCAGCAGCGCAGGCAGCGGCUGCAGCAGCGGCUUCCACGUCCGGUGUUAAUCCUUUGCUGAUGAACGGGCUGUUUGGCGGUAUGGACCUGACCAGUCUGCAGGGCCUGCAGAACCUCCAGAGCCUCCAGCUGGCCGCUGGCCUCAUGGGCUUUCCCCCUGCUCUCGGAGGGGGAGCGGACGCCAAGCACGCCGCAGCCAUGCUGCCUCUCAUGCUUCCUGGCAUGGGUGGCCUCCCCAACAUGUUCAGCCUGGGGAGUCUGUUUGGAGGAAACCUAGCUGCCGCUGCGACGGCCACCAACGGCGCCUCUGGCACAGAACAGGCAGAAUCUGAGGAGAAUCCCAAGCCGAAGACGGAUGAGGAGACCAAGGACGAAGGAGAUGAGAAAGAGGAGAAGGAAGCAGAGAAAUCGUCUGAAACGGAGUCUGCUGAGGCAACCGGUGACGUAGCUGCGCUGAAUGCAGCCGCCGGCAUGUCCACCAACGCACUGGCUUUCAACCCUUUCCUGCUGUCCACCAUGGCCCCAGGCCUCUUCUACCCAUCCAUGUUCUUACACCCCAGCCUUAGCGGCCUGGGCAUCCCAGGCUUCCCCCAAGCUUCUCUAGCUGACCUCCAGAGCGCUGUGUCGGGGGCCUUGGGGGCCACCGGCGAGGACAAGGAGUCCGGUAAAGGGCUCUGCACAAAUCAGGACCAGAACGCCUCCAUGGCUGACGUGGAAACUGCUGACAACACACUUGAAGACAGUGACUCAGAGGAGAGCCAGAACAAGACUGCUGAUUCAUCAGUACUAGAUGAUGACCUGGCAGGGCCGGCAGAGGAAAUGGACUCCAUGGAGGGUGGAAUGGAUGAUGAGGACGAUGAUGAUGAUGAUGAGGAGGAGGAGGAUGAUGACCCUGCUGAUGAGGAUGACAAAAGUGACUAAAAAAAAAACUGAAUCAGGCCUUCUAACAUUUCCCCAGGGCUGAGACGCAGACUGAACUCUGACAGAAUGGUUAGUCCAGUUGUUUACAUGCCAACUCAAUAUCCAAAACACUUUGGUUGUUUGGUUUUUGUUGACAGGUAACAUUAAGAGGAAAGCAAAUAAGCUGUCUCUGUAACCAUUAGCAUAGCCAGGGAUGAUGUGAACAGUUGUGCGGAUGUCAAAAGGGUUUUUUUUUGUUUUUCCUGUGUUUUUUUUUACUUUUGUUUUUAUUUUAUUUUUUUUCUUUGAAGUCUUCGGCACUGUGUGGGUGCCUUCUAGAUGAGAUGGAAAUUUCCUGAAAUAUUAUAGGAAUUAAUCGUUCCGAUAGUGCUAUGCUGCUCUCUCCUUAUUUUAAUAUUAUUGUUUUUUGUCACUUUUCUCUCUCUCUACUGUUGAUAUUGUAACAAUGAGUAGCAUCUCGUAAUAUUCAGUGAUGUACAAUUUAACGGCAUUAAGACACUCUCCGCUGCUGAGGAAGAAUCGUGGUUUUCGUUGUACUGUUCUGCUGAGAGGAGCAGGCAAAGUUCUCACAUAUCAUAGCCUACACUCUGACUGUUCCCAGUCUCUCACACUGACAAUCCAAACGGGUGAGGAGACCUCUCGACCUGUGGAGACAGCAAUAACGAAGGCAGCUUUUGAAUGUUCAAUUUUACUCUUUUGACUAAACACCGGAAAGUGUGAAAAAGCGACAUGAAAUAAAUUACUGCAGUCAAAUUGUCUCAUUGUAUCCAUGUUAAUGCACUGGUGUAUGAAUAAAAUCAGGUACCUUUAUCUAUUUGAAUGGACUUUUGUUACUUUAGCCACAAAGCUGAACAGCAUUACCUCAAUUCUAACUAGCCUUGAAGUUUACAGACAAAUGUUGUAAAUGUUUUGUUUUUUUUCUUUUGUGAGUGUCCUUUUUUUUUUUUUUUUUUUGAAACCAUCAUGUAUGAUGAACUGUAAAUUGCUGCCAACUGUAGUAAUGAUGCUUUUAAUAAAAGUGACUCACAAUA